GGUUCAGGUUCUCUGAGUCUCUCCUGUUCUCCAGAUGCUUGAGUGCUGAGUCUAUUCAGUCAUUCUACUGUUUUCACUGUGAUGAGGAAGAGAAGAGGAAAUGGUAGUGGGAAAAAAGUUUGACCUAGUGGGUGCUAACGUUAGCCAGCUAACCUAGUUAACGUUAGCACCGGCUAGUAAAAGCAGGACCCCUGAUAUAAGCUCUGGGUUUUACAGGAUGUUUCUUGUUAUGAGCCACAUCUUCAGUCCUUUUCUGUGCUGCUCAGCUAAGGUGAAUAAAGCUGGUUUUAGCUAGCUAUCUUCACCCAGCUAUACAGGUGAAAACAGACAACCAUAGCUAGCUAUUUUAGCUAUUUUUGUGGCAGCACGGAAAAGGACUGAAGAUGUGACUCAGAGCAAGAAACACCCUGUAAACCCCAGAGCUGAUAUCAUGGAGACCUGUUUAGCUAGUUAGCGUUAGCUAGAUUAGCUGGCUAACGUUAGCAUGGUUGUGACAUCAGACUUAAUAAGUAGAUAAACCAGUUUCUGGUGUUUCCAGUCUGUCAGUAGGAUCCAGACUCUAACAGUCCUGUACCUCAUCUCUUCUGUUUAUUUAUUCUGUGAAAUAUCCUGAGCACACCUUUAAUAAUUAAUAUCAAUAUAUUUAUCAUCAUUAUUUAUUGAUUAUUGACCGGAUGAAUCAGUUUUAUUUUGUCUCCGUCUACACCCUGAAACUUUUAAAGGGAAAAACUAUUAAAAAAAACUAACAAACAUUCAACAAACUUUUAAUGUUGAAUUUAUUUUAUUUAUAUUUUCAAACUGAAGUUCAGAUCAUGAUGAAGGUCUUUGACAGGCCGGGGCCGCAAGAUGGAGGAUAGAGGACCUGAAUGAUGUGGACUCAACCUGCCCCCCUCCUCCUCCUCCUCCUCCGGUCCCCCAACCUCGGUGAUCCGGUCCUGGUCGCUGUAUCAGACUCAGAUCAUCGUCUCUACAGGAUCCAGUUUCUGGUGCAGCAGCAGAGCAGGUCUGCGGGUCUGGAUCAGGUCUGGAUGAGGCCUGAUGAUCAGGACUCCUGAGGAGAAGUGAGGGCCGCGUCCCAAUCCUCUCACCUGCCGCCUCGGUGUGAGAGGGAGCGGGCAGAGCUGGAGACACCGACCCGGGUCCUGUCGGUUAGUGAACCACACCGACUCAUCAGUACCGAACUGGGUCAAACAGAGACCAGUUCUGAGUUAAACCGGGUCCAGUGCGACGGGAGGAGUCAGGUGGGAGGAGGCGGCGGCUCUGAACGGGACGCGGCUCCGUCAGCUGACAGUCUGCUCCGCCGCCGACAUCUUACCUCGGACCGGAGGAGACGGGAGAGUCCGGUUUUCACGGUCAAACGUGGUGAUGGAGGGACGUCGGGGCCCGCGCGGGUCUGUGUGAGCGGGUCCGGGGACACGGUGGCCUCUCUGCGGACCUCUCUGGACGGACAGGUCCACCGACCGACCGACCGUCUGUCUGUCGCUCCCUCUGUCUGCACUGCAGCAGCGUCGGGGGCGCCGUCUCACCGCUGCAGUAACGUUAGCAGUGACUCUUCGUCAUGAUCGUCUCUGACUGACGCCGGCGGCCAUGAUCGGAGGACUCUUCAUCUACAACCACAAGGGGGAGGUGUUGAUCUCCAGGGUUUACCGCGAUGACAUCGGGAGGAAUGCGGUGGAUGCGUUCCGUGUGAACAUCAUCCACGCCCGGCAGCAGGUGCGCUCUCCGGUCACUAACAUCGCCCACACCAGCUUCUUCCAUGCCAAACGCUCCAACAUCUGGCUCGCCGCCGCCACUAAGCAGAACGUCAUCAUGGUGUUCGAGUCCUUGUACAAGAUGUGCGACGUGAUGGCGGCGUACUUCGGCAAGAUCAGCGAAGACUGCUGGACGGUAAACUGGAGGAGGAAGAUGAUGAUGAUGAUGAUGAUGAUGAAGGUCUGUGGUUGCUGUGACUUUCCUGCAGAGAUCCUGGACUUUGGUUACCCUCAGAACUCAGAGACUGGAACUCUGAAGACCUUCAUCACUCAGCAGGGAGUCAAGAGCCAGCACCAUUCCAAAGAGGAGCAGUCUCAGAUCACCAGCCAGGUCACAGGUCAGAUCGGCUGGAGGAGAGAGGGGAUCAAGUACAGGAGGAACGAGCUGUUUCUGGACGUGUUGGAGAGUGUCAACCUGCUCAUGUCCCCUCAGGGCCAGGUGCUCAGCACUAACGUCUCAGGUCGGGUGGUGAUGAAGAGUUACCUGAGCGGGAUGCCCGAGUGUAAGUUCGGGAUGAACGAUAAGAUCGUCAUCGAGAAGCAGGGGAAAGGAGGGAGAUCUGAGGACGGAGGCAAGAGCAGUAAGCAGUCGAUAGCGAUCGAUGACUGUACCUUCCAUCACUGUGUCCGGCUCAGUAAGUUUGACUCCGAACGCAGCAUCAGCUUCAUCCCUCCAGACGGAGAGUACGAGCUCAUGAGGUAUCGAACCACUAAAGACAUCAUCCUCCCCUUCAGAGUCAUCCCUCUGGUCCGAGAGGUCGGUCGCACCAAACUGGAGGUUAAAGUCGUCAUCAAGUCCAACUUCAAGUCCUCGCUACUGGCCCAGAAGAUCGAGGUUCAUAUUCCCACCCCUCUGAACACCAGUGGAGUCCAGCUCAUCUGCAUGAAGGGAAAAGCCAAAUAUAAGGCCAGCGAGAACGCCAUCAUCUGGAAGAUAAAGAGGAUGGCAGAGAUGGAGGAGUCUCAGAUCAGCGCAGAGAUCAAACUGCUGCCAACAAACGACAAGAAGAAGUGGACCAGACCUCCUCUCUCUAUGAACUUUGAGGUGCCAUUUGCUCCCUCAGGUCUGAAGGUUCGGUAUCUGAAGGUCUUUGAGUCGAAGUUGAACUACAGUGAUCAUGAUGUCAUUAAAUUUCGUUACAUCGGACGAAGUGGAAUCUACGAGAUGCGCUGCUGACGCUGCCGGGGCUGAUGAGAAGAAGGAAGGAUGCCCUGUGACAUCAUCAUCAUCAUCAUCAUUGUUGUUGUUUCUCCUCUCGGCUCUGUGACAUGAUGAUCUCAUCAAAAUGUGUCAUCUGUCACCUCUACACCUCUACACCUGUACACCUGUACCUGUACACCUGUACCUCUGCUCUGUGUUCAGGUGUAUCUACCUGACUCUGAUGACUGAGCUCUGUGGAGACACUGAUCAGCCAGUCACAUUCCAGAACACACACAGGUGUAUCCACAGGGCUGAUGACAUCAUUGUGCAGGACAUCAGCUGAUCAGAAACCAGGAAGUGUAUCUGAGACAGUUCAGACUGGGAGCAGUCAGACCACAAGAACUCAUUACCCAGCAUGCCUCAGUCUCAGUGCUUGUCCAGUGUUUUUACUUUUUACAGUUUUUGUAUCAGAAUGAGACGGAGAUCAAUACUGAUGUUAUCAAUCGAUAUGAUCAGUGUUUGUUUUCUGGAUUAAAUCUGCUGCAGGUUGUUGAAA